AUGCCCAAUGCUCUUGCACCAUGGGGGGAAGUCCUGCUCUCUAUCACCACUACCAAACACAAACAAUUGAACAAGGUUUCUUGCUGCCUGGUACGUGGCAAAGCGGGUGGACAGCUGCAGCCACAGCGCCUUUGCUUCUGCCACACAGAUCGACGUUGCCAAUUCCUUGAACCGGGGUGGGAGAGCCGUUGCAAUACCCCUGCCAUCGGGUGUUGUCCCUUGUGGGCUGCCUGCCUGUGCCGGUGCGCCCUUACCCCAAAUUGUGUGGGUGCCAAAUCCUCCUUCACUGACCACUCAAAAGGCCCUGUAAAUUGUCUGCUCUUGCCCUUCCGGUUCUGUUCCUUGUAG